UUGCGAGAUCAAACCCACGUUGCGAUUCCUUGCAGAGGAUGGAAGACGGCUAGAAGCCUGUACGCACGUAUGUACAUGCCUGUACAUGGACUGGACGGCCCGGAACACACCACACGAGGCUUCAGGGCUUCCUCCAGGGCUGCUCCAGGGCUUUCCUUCAGGGCCUUCCUCUCCUGCCCCAGACGGUCCCAGGCCGCUGCAGGGUGGGGCGCACCACGAGGCCAGCCCGGCCAAUCAGACGGCGUCAGCGCCAUGCUGCUGGUGCUGAUCGCUUCCUGUUCGCUUGCUAGCCCUCCCGCCUCCAUUGACUUUGAGUCGCCCCGAAUCUCACUUUUGCCCACGCGCCGCACCGUUUCUUCCCCUUCCCUUUGCCUUUCCCGCUGCUGUGCUUCUGCCUUUUUGCGCUGCUCACUCGGCUUCAUCGACCCAAGCGGCCGCCGCCAAAUCUGGAUCGCUGCGGUGCUUGCGCGCAUCACGUUGCGGCCCACAAAACCCAGUUCCAGCUCGAAGCCUCCCUGUGGACGGGCCAAGAUUCAGAGCCCAGGCCGGUUUCAAGGUUCAGGGCCCCCCAAGGCUCGAGGCUGUCGAAACCCGCUUGGCUGUCAAGUCUGGAUUCCCAUGCCGUAAAAAGCCUCCAAGUCUAGUCCAGCUCACGCUCAUCAAAUGCUUGCAAACCUCGUCGCCUAAGGCAUUGCGCCGCCUGCCUCGCCCCGUGCUUUAACUCGUCUCGUCCUUGUCUGGUGCCUGUCCGCUUACUCAACUUGCUUGUGCGACAGCGCCUCGUUUUGCCCGUCGUCUCUGCUCUAGCACUGUACCGUGCCUCUGCCGUCGCUGUUAGUGCCUGCUCUGGCUACCGUUAGCACCGCCA